AUGGGUGCUUUCUUGGAUAGCAAGGGGGAUGGUAAGCAAGAGUUGGCGGAUGACUUCACGGAUUGUAUUGACAAUAGCUUCACGUCGGCAGAGUUUGAGCAGAAGUGGCAGGCUUUUCUGGAUAAAUAUGAGCUCAACAAUGAUGAGAGGUUCCAACAUUUGUAUGACAUGAGACAUUGUUGGAUCCCUGCGUAUUUCAUGCAUUGUUUCUUCCCCUUCCUCCAAACAACAGCACGGAGUGAAGGCUUCAAUGCUGUCCUGAAGCGCUAUGUCAACCCAAAGAACUCGAUACUCAACUUUGUGCAGCAAUAUAAGAAGAUACAACAAAGGAUUUUCAGCAAGCAAGAUUUGCAAGAGACGGCCACAGCCACGAAGGUCCCACGCUACUUGACGGGGCACCCUAUGGUGCAUCAUAUGAAGAAAGCGUAUACAAGGAGGUUGUUCAAUGUGUUUCAACACGAGCUGCAGCUAAGUUCGAGCUACUAUGUUGUUCGUGUUGAAGGGGAUGACUUGAUAGAUGUUGUUCCGUACAGGCGUUGCCCCGAUCUGUUGUAUGGGACACGGACAUUCAGGGUCACGUCGUCCAGGGUGGAGGGCUUGUAUAGCUGCACUUGUUGCAAGUUUGAGAGACAUGGAGUGCUUUGCUGCCACAUAUUGAAGGUUUUUGACACCCUUGCAGUCCGCGAGGUGCCUGAUCGGUACAUUCUCCCUCGAUGGUCAGUUGAGCCAGUGGUUGAUAGUGGGGUGGAAGUUGCCGCUAACGAGCCUCUUCAAGAAGCCCAGAUUACAGACCACGGGAAGCAUGUUAUACGUUACAGCAGGAUGUGCACAAACUUUAAUAAGAUUGUGAGACCUUUUAUGGCUGAUGACGAGGGGUAUGGCAUAGUCUCAAAAUAA